AUGGCUUCUCGAUUAUCGCUCGCACGUUUUCCCGAACAACGCCUCAAAGUUCUCACUCGAUUGACCCAUGGCUCCUAUAGCAUCGGUAUUGGUAGUCGCAGGAAUCUUACCUCAGUUACCCUCCGAAAAUGUGCCAGAUAUGUCGGUGAACCUUCUAGUCCGCUAAAAGUUCCCGCCUUGGGCAUCAAUCUUUUUCGGUCCAAUAUUGGGUCUGGUGGAUGUUAUCAGACUCGGACUUACGCGGAUUCUGUUGUUAAAGUUCCCCAAAUGGCGGAGUCGAUCACCGAGGGUACACUGAAACAAUUUUCGAAACAUGUUGGGGAUUUUGUCGAACGAGAUGAAGAGAUCGCGACAAUCGAGACAGACAAGAUCGACGUUUCUGUCAAUGCGCCAAAUUCUGGUAUUAUCAAAGAGUUCCUUGUGAAUGAGGAGGAUACUGUAACUGUUGGGCAGGACCUUGCCAAGAUAGAGCUGGGAGAAGCCCCCGAGACGAGAAAGGAAGAAAGCGCUGAAAAGCCAAAAGAUUCUCCCGCCGAGAAGCCUGUUCCCUCGGGACCAAAUCCAUCGACCUCACCUGAAGCAGCAAAGGCCUCUGCUCCCGAAAAGCAGGCAACAUCAAAGCCCGGGGAUGUCAAACAUUCGCAGACAGCUUCUCAACCACAAGUUUCUAAUGAUGCGAAGCCUGGCCCCGGAAACCGAGAGGAACGAAGAGUCAAAAUGAACAGAAUGAGGUUGAGAAUUGCGGAACGCUUGAAACAAUCUCAAAAUACUGCUGCCUCGCUCACUACUUUCAAUGAGGUUGACAUGUCAUCUCUUAUGGAUUUCCGGAAGCUAUACAAAGACGAUGUCUUGAAAAAGUCUGGUGUAAAACUUGGUUUCAUGAGCGCCUUUUCACGUGCUUGUGUUUUGGCUAUGAAAGAUGUUCCCGCUGUUAAUGCAUCUAUUGAAGGACCUAACGGCGGUGACACCAUUGUUUACCGCGAUUAUGUGGAUAUCAGCGUCGCUGUUGCCACGGAAAAGGGUCUUGUAACCCCUGUAGUACGCAACGCUGAGAGCAUGGACCUUGUUGGUAUUGAAAAGGCCAUUGCAGACCUCGGAAAGAAGGCACGAGAUAACAAGCUUACAAUCGAGGAUAUGGCCGGUGGCUCUUUUACCAUCAGCAAUGGUGGUGUUUUUGGGUCUCUAAUGGGCACACCAAUUAUCAAUUUACCGCAGACAGCUGUUCUUGGGCUACAUGCGAUUAAGGAAAAGCCAGUGGCUGUGAAUGGCAAAGUUGAGAUUCGUCCUAUGAUGUAUCUUGCUCUGACUUAUGACCAUCGACUCCUGGAUGGUCGAGAGGCGGUUACUUUCCUCGUUAAGGUUAAGGAGUACAUCGAAGACCCGCGUCGCAUGUUACUUGGGUAG